CGACGGGAGCUCCUCUUUUGACAUUGCCCGCUCCUAUUGGAUCCACCCUUGCUGUUCCACCUUCAUCUUCGUUUGUCCCUAACUCUCAUCCUUCCUCCUCCAAUUUCCAACCAGCUAACAUUGCGGGGACAAGCUAUGGCCAUCAGGGAAGGCCAAAUUGGUGGGCACGUAAUCAGGAGUGGCUCGAUAAGAUGUAUGAUAAAUAUUUUGAAGACUCGGAGAAAGAAGCCAGGAAGAAAGAAGAGGAGGAGAAGGAGAGGGCUCGGAGGGAUGACGAAGCAAAGAAGCGUAGAUGGAAACAAGAACGUGAGCAGCUCGAAGCCGAGAUGCGGGCACGCUUGGAGAAGAAAAUCGAUGCGUUGGGUGCGAAAUUGACGGAAAAGGCAGCCAGUAGCAGUGGGAGAGACGAUUUCGGCGAGGAAUUAACAAAGCUGCGAUUGGAGAACGAAGAACUCAAGAAGAAGCUGGGGGAGUCCAUCAACCCUACGGGGGACAAUAAGAUUAUGUAUUUGCAGAGAGAGAUUAUGGAAUUGCGGAAACAGGUGGCGGACAAACAUUUGAGGAUGCGAUUCUUGCUCUACAAGCUGAGAUUGGGGAACUCAAACAAUCGGCAUACAUGAAGACGAAUUUCGAGAAGGAGAUUGCUGCUCUUAGAAAGGUGAUCGAAGUACUACGGGAGUAGAAUGAGCGGAUUACAAAUGAGUCUAACAUAUGGAAAGAAGAGGCGGCGAGGCCUGGUAACAAGCGCGACAGUGUGAUGAUUGGUACACCGCAUGAUACGAAUCGUGGAACUCCAAAACGACGGUGGACGGGGAGUGCUCGGGGGGGCGAGUCUGUGGAUAAAUGGAAGGAUGAAUAUCGAAAUCUUAGAAGUCUUCAUCGGCUGGCUAACAUCGAAGCUGAGGCAUUGAAGGAGAAACAGGCUGAGGCAGAACAAAAACGAAUAGAGGUC